CAUGAAUACAGCGAAUGUUCAGCUGACUUCCGAAAUACGAGGGCAUUCUUUGCCCACUGCAAUGAUACGACUUACGAAGUCCCUGGACGAAAAGCUUUGCUGACGCUCUGGCGCUUUCUUGAAGAGCUCUCAGCUAAAAAGCAAGAGUCAUCGCUCGCUGACGCGGCCGUUUGACUCUCGAUCACAGCAACUACACGCCAGUGAUUGAAGCGAGCGGUCUCAUUAAUCACGAAAACGUGACCAAUAAGUUAGGGUUAGGGUUACGCGGACUUAUAAGGGGACGGACGCGUCGCGUUCUAUGGAUGUCCCACGUCCACAUCGAUUAUUUUUGCGAGCAACGAUGGCGACAACCCGAUAUAUCGGUAGAGAAAGGGACCACCACCGCGAAGCGAUCCUUCGACAAAAGCAAACAGUCCGCGACGAGGAGGAGGAUGCUUAUUCGCGGGCGCGACUUGCUGUAUCAUCGGCGCCUUCGUGCCAAUCACUGCCAGAUUUUACAGUAGUGAUUGAAUUCUGCAACAGGAGUAGAUGGCUUCACAGAGCAAUCUGGAUCCAAACUGAGCUCUUCCUUUCGUUUCCAAAAGCUAGCACACGUUCUACAAUAGAAGAGCCACCAACAAAAGCCUCGAGCGAAGGUUUUAUCGAAGCGAUAAUGCUCCACCCCCAGUCAGCAAGCGAUACAGCCGGGAGAUUCCGUGUCUUACUCCAUCUCGGCGAGACGAAGACCAUCUGGGACCGCCAGAUCAGAGGAUCGUUCCCAGAUUUGAAAGAGCUCAAGCAGAUUAUAAGGAGUCUAAUAGCGGACUAUCAGAGGUGCUAAGCUUCCUCAGACUUUCUUCAGCGGCACAGUCGCUCUCACCUUCAACCUACCGCCUCUUUCUUCGCACAAAUGAUCGACCAAAUUAAAGAUCCCCGAUCUCACUAGCAAUUCGUUUGAGUCUCAAGGCAAUGACGAACCUAUGACCAUUUCUCUGCACCCGUGUGAUAGGGGUCCAAUUGCCUCUGCAGCAGGUCAUUGUCAGCGAUAUCAGCCAAUGUAUAAAUUGUCUGGCCAGCCGGAUU